UGAAUUAUGAUUAUUACUUAUGAAUUACAGUAACGUUGUUCAUAAAUAUGUUUCAUCAAGACUUUGUUCCAAACACUUCCUGUUCCUCUCCAGGUGCUGCUUCCUGUGGAGAGACAGGGGUCUCUGGAGCCCAGGUGGAGCAGAGAGUCAAGCCAGGAGAAGACGUUACUCUCCACUGUGACUGCAGAGUAUCAACUGGGGUGUACGUAGUGUGGUACAGGAACUGCUCUCAUAGGAACCAGCCUACUCUGGUCAUGUCCACAUAUAAUGACAAACAAAACAUCCAAUAUGCCAAACUUCCGAACCCCUUCCCUGGUUUUACUCUGGUGUGGAACAAGUCUAACAACACCUAUGAUCUCCUGAUUGAGAACGUGACUGAGUCUGACCUGGGACUCUACUACUGUGGGACUGUGGAGAGGAAGGUAGUCGACAGGGAUAUCUAUCUUUAUGGAGAUAUAACCAUCAGUCUUUCAUUUGCAGAGCCCCCAGACCCUGUCUGCCCGGUGUGUCCAGACCCUGACGGGGACUGUGGUCUGAGCUGGGUCCUGGUGCUUCUGUCCAGAGCUCUGGCUGCCCUCCUCCUCCCAUGUGCCUACUGGGUCGGAUCCAUGCAAGGUGGUUCACAGCACACCUGCACACCCACCUGCUCGAUUGUUAACCCCUGGAUAGAUGUCAUACUGUCAGAUUACUGUGUGGCUAACUGAUUGGUGGAGUGAAUCUCUGAACAGAAACCUGUUACUUUGUACAGAGACCAUGUUAUCUACCAGAACUAUUUACAACAAAUAAUCUUGUUUGAUUUUGUACUGCAGCUCUUCCCUGUAAUCAUAGCAGGAUGUUGUAUGUGGUGAUAGUUGUUUGUUGUUAAAAGCAGGAUCAUGGAGGAAGAGGGAGGAGGUCCAGAAGAGGAGAGACCAGACUGACCAGUCUUUCUCCAUGUCUCUCCAAUGAUCUCUCCAUCUGUGUGGUCACCACGACAACCACGACGAGACCAUGACAUGGUUUACAGUUUUUUUAGGGGAAGUGUCUAACUUCAAAUGUCGCUUAAUCCUUUUUGUUGCAAAAUGUCUUUUUGUGUAGAGGAUGCAUUUUGUUAUCAUGCUUCUGUGCUUUGUAAUAAACACCUG